CCGGGGUCCUUGGAAACCUUCUGGGACCCUCGGGGGAGUCAACGGUGAGUUUCCCCUUCUACCCACAAGCUGACCCUCCCAGCAAUCCCGUGACAGAAGCACUCUUGCUUUUGCAGCUGACAGAUUUGAGGCACAGAUUUGUUUAAAGUUCACACAGAGGGGCCAUCUGGGCAGAGCCUACGUCUCAUGGCCUCUCUCUUUGCCAGUUCGACCACCCCAGGACUCUGCCCUCUCCCUGAAGCAGCAGGAGAAAAUGACCAAGUUUCAGGAGGUGGUGACAUUCAAGGACGUGGCAGUGGUCUUCACCAGAGAGGAGCUGGGCCUGCUGGAUCCCAUCCAGAGGAAGCUGUACCAGGAUGUGAUGCUGGAAAACUUCAGGAACCUGCUCUCUGUGGGCUGUGAACCCUUCAGAUUAGAUACGACAUUAUCAUUGGGGAGAGAAGAGAAGCUUUGGAUGCGGGAGGCAGAAACCCAGCGGGGUGGGCAUUCAGGGCUCAGGAAUCGAAAUGAGAUAGAGACUUUUCAAAAAGUAGGACUAAGCUACCUUUUACAUGAAGAUGUUACAUGCUGGCAGCUGUGGGAACAAUUUACAAGUAAAUUAGCCAGAAAUCAAGACUCCAUAAUAAAUCUGCAAAGCAAGAAGUCCAAGUCACCAAAACAAAGUGGUUCCUCCUGUCAGAUGUGGGCAGGAGAAUCUCCUCUGGUUUCUGAAGAUGAAAACUAUGUAAUAAAGCUUCAAGGGGAGAGUUCCAAUAAUAUCAGAAGUCGAGAGUUUCCAAUUAAGACCACUGGUGAUUUCUGGAAGAAAAUCUGUCUGAGAGAGUCACACAAUUACCAGAGUAGGUGUCGGCAAGUCGACAUAAAAAAUAAACCAUGUAACUGUGACUGUUUUGUUACGACAAGGACCUCCCAUCAUCAUGAUCAGGAAGAACACAAAAGCAGGAAGGCUUGUAGUCACAGUGAUUGUGGAAAAGACUUCACGAGGGAAUCACGUCAACAUAGCAUGACCCACUCAGGAGGGAAGCGCGAUGUACAUAGUAAGUGUGGGCAGGACAUCAGUGACAGCUCAGUGUUUUGCAUUUGCCAGAGCAUUCACUCAGGGGAGAAAUGUGGUAGGAAUGAUGAGUGUGACGGGGGCUUCAGUGAGAGCUCAGACCUGCAAAAUCAUUGGGGAGUCAACACAGGAGAAAAGCCCUGCAAACAUCCAGUAUGUGCUAAGAGCUUCAGUCAGAACUCCUGUCUUCCCACCCGGGAGCCCCUCCACCCAGGAGGGGAUCUGUAUGGGUGUGACAUGUGUGGGAAGGGCUCCAGUCAUAGCCUCCAUCUCAGCGUUUGCUGUGUAGAUGACACUGGAGAGAAAUCCUCUGACUGUGAGAUAUGUGAUAAAGGCUUCAAUCAGACAUCACAACUUUAGGCCUAUCAGAGAGCCCAGCCUAGAGACAGAACCUACAAAUGGGAGGCAUGUGACGGGCUAGUUAAUCAGAAUCCUGGUCCUCUCCAAAGAGUUCACUUGGGAGAGAAACCAUAUAAAUGUGAGGUAUGUGGGAAGGACUUCAGUAAGGCCUCAAAUCUUCAAGCCCAUCAGAGAAUCCACACCGGAGAGAAGCCAUAUAAAUGUGAUGUGUGUGAUAAGAACUUCAGCCGGAAUUCCCACCUUCAGGCCCAUCAGCGAGUCCACACAGGAGAAAAACCAUACAAGUGUGACACAUGUGGUAAGUACUUCACUCAGAUUUCCCAUCUUCAGGUCCAUCAGAGAGUCCACACAGGAGAGAAGCCAUACAAAUGUGAGACAUGUGGUAAGGGCUUUUGUCAGAGUUCCCAUCUUCAAGACCAUCAGAGAGUCCACACUGGAGAGAAACCUUACAAAUGUGAUGUGUGUGGGAAGGGUUUCAGUUGGAGCUCCCAUCUUCAAGCCCAUCAGAGAGUCCAUACGGGGGAGAAACCCUACAAAUGUGAAGAAUGUGGGAAAGGCUCCAUCUGGAACUCAUAUCUUCAUGUUCAUCAGAGGAUCCACACGGGAGAGAAACCCUAUAAAUGUGAGUGUGGGAAGAGCUUCAGUCAGACCUCACAUCUUCAAGCCCAUUGGAGAGUCCAUAUGGGAGAUAAACCCUACAAAUGUUUUGACUGUGGUAAGGGCUUUAAUAAAAGUUCAUCUUCAGGUUCAUCAGAGAGCCCAUAG